AUGCAACAACAAAUGAAUCUGCUGCCGAUGAAGCAGCAGCAACAGCAGCAGCAACAGCAGCAGCAGCAGCAGCAACACAAACACCAACAGCAAUAUCUCUGCAACCCCUCCUCCCCUACACCUGCAGCACCACCACCAACAAAUGAAUCUGCUGCCGAUGAAGCAGCAGCAACAGCAGCAGCAACAGCAGCAGCAGCAGCAGCAGCAACACAAACACCAACAGCAAUAUCUCUGCACCCCCUCCUCCCCUACACCUGCAGCAGCAACAGCAGCAGCACCACCACCAUCAUCAUCAUCAUCAUCAGCAGCAGCAACAGCAGCAGCAACAGCAGCAGCAACAGCAGCACCACCACCAUCAUCAUCAGCAGCAGCAGCAGCAGCACCACCACCACCACCACCAUCAUCAUCAUCAUCAUCAGCAGCAGCAGCAGCAGCAGCAACAGCAGCAGCAGCAACAGCAGCAGCAGCAGCAGCAGAGCAUACCAUCAUGGCCGCAUCUCCUUGUAUAAGAAGAGCUUGUAUACAAUAAGCACCAUCAAGUAUAAGAGGAAGAGAAAGAGGGACAAGAGAAAGAAACAAAGAAAGAAAACGUAA